CUCUCCCUCUCCCUCUCCCUCUCCCAUCUCUACAACUCUCUAGAGAACACUUUGGAGCCAUUGUUUUCAUUUCCCUCCACAGAUCUCCCAAAUCCAAACCCUAAUUGUCUCUCUCUCCACGCGUUUAUCUACACAUACACACCGCCGAUCAUCCGAUUUCUCUCUUUUUACAUUUUCUGAUUUUUUUUUUUUCUUUUCUAGUACUGGAUCGAUCUUUCAUGUGCGAUCAGGUUCAAUCUAAAAGCUUGAUGAAGGCCGGUUUUGGGUUUUCACCAAAUUAAUGGACGAUCGAUAUGCCUCAACUGCGUAGCGGUGUGCGCAGAGGCCGUCGACCAACGAUCAAGCCGGACCUAGACGAACCGGACAUCAAGAAGCCGAGAACUGUACGGGCGACGAGGCAGAGGCGACCGGGAGGGAGGAGAGCUGUACAGAACAACAACAGGGGGAAUAACCAGAAAGAAGUCGCGGAUGUUAAAGGAAUUGUACAGCCGGUAGUGGUGGUGGAUGAUGAUGAUGAUGAGAAUGAGAAUGCUGUGAAGAAAACGACGUCGUUGAGUGGUCAGGGUCAAGGGGAGGAGCAGAAAGAAGAGGAAAUUAGGGUUUUGAAGGAAGAGGUAGGGGAAAAAGAGAUGGAUGAGUACGAUAGCGGUGGCCGAAGCGGCGAUAAGGGUGUGGGUGCUGAGGAUGAAGGCAGCACUGCACCACUUCCUGAGAAGGUCCAGGUUGGUGGUUCACCAAUGUAUAGGAUCGAGAGGAAACUGGGAAAAGGAGGAUUUGGGCAAGUGUAUGUUGGUCGUCGCACUAAUCCUUCCAAUCCGCAUGAAAGAACUGGUCCUGGAGCUGUAGAGGUAGCCUUGAAAUUUGAGCAUAGAAGCAGCAAAGGUUGUAACUAUGGACCACCUUAUGAGUGGCAAGUCUACAACGCACUUGGAGGUAGUCACGGUGUACCACGUGUACAUUACAAGGGACGUCAAGCGGAUUACUACAUAAUGGUUAUGGAUAUGCUUGGGCCUAGUUUAUGGGACGUUUGGAAUAACAAUUCUCACACGAUGUCCAUUGAAAUGGUUGCAUGCAUUGCCAUUGAAGCAAUCUCCAUAUUAGAGAAGAUGCAUUCCAGAGGAUAUGUGCACGGGGAUGUUAAACCUGAGAAUUUUUUGCUUGGUCCACCAGGGACAUCUGAUGAGAAAAGGCUGUUUCUUGUAGACCUUGGACUAGCCACUCGGUGGCGAGAUAGUUCAACUGGCCUACAUGUUGACUAUGAUCAACGACCAGAUGUGUUUAGGGGAACAGUGCGUUACGCUAGUGUGCAUGCACAUCUUGGAAGAACUGGGAGUCGAAGGGAUGAUUUAGAAUCCCUUGCUUACACACUCAUUUUUCUUCUUCGUGGCAGGCUGCCUUGGCAGGGAUUCCAGGGCGAGAAUAAAGGUUUCCUGGUUUGCAAGAAGAAGAUGGCGACUUCUCCAGAUAAUCUUUGUUCCUUUUGUCCUGCCCCCUUCCGGCAGUUUGUUGAGUAUGUAGUGAACUUGAAGUUUGAUGAGGAACCCAACUAUGCAAAAUAUGUUUCUCUUUUCGAUGGGAUAGUUGGUCCGAACCCAGAUAUCAGGCCAAUAAACACUGAUGGAGCUCAAAAGCUUAUAUAUCAAGUUGGACAUAAGAGAGGACGGUUGACAAUGGAAGAAGAUGAUGAUGAGCAGCCAAGGAAGAAAGUUCGUAUGGGCAUGCCUGCAACUCAAUGGAUCAGUGUCUACAAUGCUCGCCGCCCUAUGAAGCAGAGAUAUCACUAUAACGUGGCAGAUGUGAGAUUAUCUCAACACAUUGUGAAAGGGAACGAGGAUGGUUUAUUUAUUAGCAGUGUUGCAUCAUGUUCAAACCUCUGGGCACUAAUUAUGGACGCAGGGACAGGAUUUACUUCUCAAGUUUAUGAGCUAUCACCAUAUUUUCUUCACAAGGAAUGGAUUAUGGAACAAUGGGAGAAAAACUAUUACAUCAGCGCUAUAGCGGGGGCUACCAAUGGGAGCUCCUUGGUUGUAAUGUCAAAGGGUACCCAGUAUUUACAGCAGUCCUAUAAAGUCAGUGAAUCAUUUCCAUUCAAGUGGAUAAACAAAAAAUGGAGAGAGGGAUUCUAUGUCACUGCCAUGGCCACUGCAGGAAGUAGAUGGGCGAUUGUUAUGUCUCGUGGGGCUGGGUUCUCUGAUCAGGUUGUGGAACUAGACUUUUUAUAUCCAAGUGAAGGUAUUCAUAGGAGAUGGGAUGCUGGUUACCGCAUCACAUCAACUGCGGCCACCUUGGACCAGGCUGCUCUUGUUCUUAGUGUGCCGAGAAGAAAACCUGCAGAUGAAACACAAGAGACACUUCGAACUUCUGCUUUUCCCAGUACACAUGUUAAGGAGAAAUGGGCAAAAAAUCUUUAUAUCGCAUCUGUAUGUUAUGGCCGGACUGUUUCUUGAGGUGACCAAUUUUGCCGGGAAUGCUUACUGAUCUUUGUUCGGCAGCUUAGCUGGAUGAGCCAUGAGCCAGUUUCUACCAUGUACUCCUCUCUUUGGGAAGCAAAGAUACCUUGUUCCUCGCUGCAAAGCUGACUCAUCUUGUCAUUUGGGAGCUGAUGUAUGCAAAACUGUACUGCAUCACCACUAUCACAUAUAAGUGUUUGGUCCUGUGUACUGUCUUUAUGUUGUAUCAAGAUAUGCUUUUGAGCGGUCCAUGGUCUUGUACGGGAGUAUUUACAUAUUGCCGAAAGUUUGUAUAGUCUUGAACAAUAAUUACUUGGUUGAGGGCCAGCACACAGGCUACAUUUUGGGAUACAUGCAAUUCAGGUUGGAAGGGGAUUUGACCUUUUUGCAGUUUCUAAUGGUCUAGUAUAUAUUUCUUUGUAUUAUCUGUCUUUUGCAUUUAUUUCAUGCCUAUGUUCCACAUAAUGGUGAUACCAAACAGUUGGUACCAAAAAAAUUUAACAAGUCUUUGGGAUUAUUCUUAGUUUGCUGGCAACACCUGAGUACUUAUUUUUGUAUG